AUGUCGACAUAUCCUGUAUUGAACGACCGACCAAUUGAUCAGUGGACGGUUACGGAGUUGAAGGAUGAGCUUGAGCGAAGGUAUCUGCUUGUCAAUGGUUUGAAGGAUGAUCUUUUGAAGAGGCUCUUUGAGGCCAUGCAGGAUGAGAUACCUGAUGGUGAGGGAAAAGCAACUGUUGUAACUUCCCCUCCUGAGGAACCUGAUGGAGGUGAAACUCCUGGUUCCAUUGUUGCAUCUGUUGACCAGGCUUCAAUUGAGCAACAUGUUGAUAAAGGUGCUUCUGAGGUUGCGAAACAGGGGGCAGAUCUUGUUAUCUCUGUUACAGAAGCUUAUGAUGAAAGUACAUUUGCUACUUCAGAAGUUACUCAGGAGGCUGUGGUUGGUACUGUAGAAGCUAGUCAGAAAAGUUUGGAUGCUGUUGCAGAAGUUGAGUCUUCUCUAGUCGAUACAGCUGCAACUGAUGAAACCAAUGGUGAUGGUCUAGAUUCAGCUUCAAGUGGUAAUACUAUAGUGAAGGAAGCAAAUCCACACUUUGAAGGUCAUGAUGAUACUAUCGAGAGGACCCCAGAAGAUGACACCAAUAAGAAAAUGGCUGUUGAUGAUGAACCUUCUGAUCUUACUGGCAGUGACAUCAAGUUGGGCCUCGAUGUGCACAGCAAGAUUCUAAAAUUGGAAGAUGAACCCUCACCUCCUGAUAUGAAAUUGCAUAGUCAUCGUGAGGAUUCUGAUGCCGUUGCAGUUGCUGAGCCAGAAGAUGACACAAGGAAAAAAAUGAUCAUUGAUGAUGUACCAUCUGGUCUUACACAUACUAAUGUGGAGUUAGGUGCCCAGGUAGACUGCAAAAUUGAACAGGAAGAAGUAUCAACACUGUUUGAUGCUACUGCAUUGCAUGCUUAUCCUAAGGAACGUAUUGUGGCUGCGGCAAAAGGCCUUGUGGUUGGUACUGCAGAAGCUAGUCAGAGAAGUUUGGAUGUUGUUGCAGAAGUUGAGUCUUCUCUAGUCAAUACAGCUGCAACUGAUGAAACCAAUGGUAAUGGUCCGGAUUCAACUUCAAGUGGUAAUACUAUAGUGAAGGAAGCAAAUCCACACUCUGAAGGUCAUGGCGAUACUAUUGAGAAAACCCCGGAAGAUGACACCAAUAAGAAAAUGGCUGUUGAUGAUGAACCUUCUAAUCUUAUUGGUGGUGACAUCAAGUUGGGCCUCGAUGAGCACAGCAAGAUUCUAAAACUGGAAGAUGAACCCGCACCUUCUGAUGAUAUGUUGCAUAGUGAUAAUGAGGAUUCUGAUGCUGUUGCGGUUGCUGAGCCAGAAGAUGACACAAGCAAAAAAAUGAUCAUUGAUGAUGUCCCGUCUGGUCCUACACAUACUAAUGUUGAGUUAGGUGCCAAGGUAGACUGCAAAAUUGAACAGGAAGAAGUAUCAAUACUGUCUGAUGCUACUGCAUUGCAUGCUUAUCCUAAGGAACAUAUUGUGGCUGUGGCAAAAGGCCUUGCGCUCCCAAGGAGGACGCUGAUGUCAGGCUACACAAGUGAUAUAGACUUGGACAGAAAAGAGGAGAGUCCUGACAGAAAUUCUCGUGAGAAACUGAACUUAGAUAGGAGUUCAGGUGAUGAAUCAAUGGAUGAGGAUGUGAUGGAAAGUAAGCAUGCCGAUUCCUAUAUCAAACCUGAUGAUCUUAUAGGAAAGACAGAGGUUACUUCAGAGCAUGUGUUUAAAGAGGUUUCUCUCCUUGAUACUCAUGCUGAGGGUUCCUCUGCACACUCAAAGGAAAUUGUCACUGAAGAGAAGCCACCAACUCCAACUGAAAAGAGGAAGCCUGAAGAUCAAGAAGUCAUUGAAAAUAAUGAGCCAAUCAAACGCCAGCGCCUAUGGAACAAGGAUGCUGUCAAUAUUUCUGAUCAACAAGCAUCCAAAAUAACUAGUACUGUACCACCUGCCAAAACAUCAGCAACAACUUCGUUAAGAAUUGAUCGGUUUGUGCGCCCAUUUACUCUGAAAGCUGUGCAAGAACUUCUUGGUAAAACUGGAUCUGUCUGCAGCUUUUGGAUGGAUCAAAUCAAGACCCACUGCUACGUCACAUACUCUUCAGUGGAGGAAGCUGUGGCUACGAGGAAUGCUGUCUACAACCUCCAGUGGCCCCCAAACAACCACAACUAUUUGAUCGCUGAAUUUGUCGAUCCAGAAGAGGUAAAGCUCAAACUUGAAACUCCUCUGCCAUCUCAAGUGCCGAUCAGUCCGAGCACAGUUGCAGCACCGCAGGCAGCAACCUUCCAACAGCCAGAGGCUAACCAAACCCUAGUAGCUCCCCAUGCUCCUGCUACUUCAAGGGGUUUGUUGCCCACUCCAGCACCAUUUGCCAAGCUGCCUCCCACCUCUGACCCUGGACCAGCAAGGGAGAGCCUUCCUCCCCCUCCUCCAAUGAAGCUGGACCCUGCCCGGACACUGGAUGAACUCUUCAAGAAGACACAGGCGUACCCAAGGAUUUACUACAUGCCACUGUCAGAAGAGGAGGUAUCUGCUAAACGUGCAGCUCACGACAAUGGUUCUAUUCUCGCACCUGACACUACCAGACCAGCAGCUGCAGCUCUAGGAAGAACUACUGCACCGUCCUUGUCCCUACAUUUAGCUGGUAGUGUGUUGAAACUUGAAAGGCUUUAG